GCACAAAAUACUGUGCGACGCGACCCCAGCCAGCAACAAAUUGCGUAUAUAUUCGUGGGGCAGCAGCAACAGCAGCUGAUUUCACAUAUCAAGCAGAAUGCUUGAACUUGAGAUUGUGCCCGAGAACUCGAUGAGCUGCGAUGCCUGGGAGUUUGUCCUGGGCAUGCACUUCUCGCAGGCCAUCUCCAUCAUACAGUCGCAGGUGGGGAUCAUCAAAGGUGUCCAGGUGCUAUAUUCGGACACAAAUCCACUGGGCGUGGACAUAAUCAUCAAUCUGCCACAGGAUGGUGUGCGCCUGAUCUUCGAUCCCGUUGUGCAGCGUCUGAAGACAAUAGAGGUGUUCAACAUGAAGCUGGUGAAGCUGAAAUACGGUGGCGUCUACUUCAACUCGCCCGAGGUGUUGCCCAGCAUAGAACAGAUCGAGCAUUCGUUCGGUGCCACCCAUCCGGGCGUGUACGAUGCGGCCAAGCAACUCUUUGCCCUGCACUUUAGAGGACUCAGCUUUUACUUCCCCGUAGAUAGCAAGCUGCACUCUGGAUACGGCCAUGGUCUUGGCUCCUUGGUCUUCCUGAAUGGUGCCUCGCCUGUCGUCUCCAAGAUGUCGCUCUAUGCUGGCAGCAAUGUCGCGGAGAACCGUGCUCCUGCACUGCCCCUGGGCUGCUACCAUAGACAAAUGUAUCUCGAAUCGGCCACAGUUCUGCGCUCUUCCUAUGGCCACACCAAGGGCCUCAAGCUGAAUCUCUUCACGGAGGGUUCUGGCCGUGCCCUGGAGCCACGUCGGCAGUGCUUCACGCGCGAGCUGCUCUUUGGAGACAGCUGCGAGGAUGUGGCCACCAAUCUGGGUGCACCCAAUCGCAUAUUCUUCAAGAGCGAGGACAAGAUGAAGAUACACAGCUCGAGCGUGAAUCGGCAGGCGCAGAGCAAGCGCAGCGACAUAUUCUUCAACUACUUCACGUUGGGCAUCGAUGUUCUCUUCGACGCUCGCACACAGACCUGCAAGAAGUUCAUCCUGCACACCAACUAUCCGGGCCACUUCAAUUUCAACAUGUACCAUCGCUGCGAGUUCCAGUUCCAGCUGCUGACGGACCACCAGCACAGUGAUAACCUCGAUCUGAUGACGCCCUCAAAGCAAGACUAUGUGAAUAUAACUGCCUACACCAAAUGGGACGAGAUCAGUGGGUCGUUGUCCACGUCGGAGCGGCCAGUGGUGUUGCAUCGUGCCAGCUCAACGAACACGGCGAAUCCCUUUGGCUCCACCUUCUGCUAUGGCUAUCAAGAUCUUAUAUUCGAAGUGAUGCCCAACAAUCAUAUUGCCUCUGUGACGCUCUACAAUACGGCGCCGCCCCGGCAGCCCGCCCACACCUGGCAGCAGCACAAAAUGCAGGACAUUCGCCUGACCGUGGCCUAAAGCAGGUGCCUCCCCACAGGUCAUCUCGCUGCUAUGUGGAUGCGGGCUCUAUGAUGCUUUUUGUGUGAGGGGGAUGUCGUAUCGUGUCGUGUGUUCUAAUCUAUAAGCUACCACAAUGAUCUAACCUAGGCAUAACGUAGAUACAUAGUUACAUACAUAUAUAUAUAUAUAUAUAUAUAUAUACAGAAUAUAUAUAGAAUUUCUAUUGUAGGCUAAGCAAAACCCAUCAGACGACUCAUCAUCUCUGACCACGUUCAUUCUGCGGUAUUCCAUUGUGUUAAGUCGAUUCAAUUCGGACGCAUA